UGCACAGCAGCUAUGCCCGCCUGAUGGUGGGGGAAUAUUUGCGAUCCGCAAUCACGCACAUCUGGUGCACACUACCGUGGUGCGAAUUCAGUGUGGUGUGUGGCUGACUACGGAGCCCGUUGUGACUGUCGCCCUGAGCGUCACACGUCAGAACCGUAUCCAGCGCGGCAAAGCAAGCCUCUAGGAAGCGCGGACGUGCACAUUGGUAUGCCUCUGCGCUUUUGCCUUGUCUCAACGGGAUCAACAGGUGAAUCAUGUCUGGCCUGCUCGCGGCCGUGCGGCCGUGCCCGCCUUUGUACCUUCUAUCGCACAGUCUGCGCUGCUACAGAUGACAUCUGGCUUCUGGGGAUCUUUGAUUCCAAUGAUGCUCGGACAGCAAUGGCCUGUGCGUCCGAUCCACCGUACCUAUAUAAGUUGCCGCCCAGCCAGUCUUGCGGCUCUUGUCCCCUCCCCUUUACACCCAUCCUCCGAAGCAUCCACCACAGUCAAUCCACAGCGAUGCCGCGCUCAGCAUCGUCUGAAUGCGUAUCACUGCCCAGCAUCCAUGAACUACUGCCAGAGCAUUUCUGUCGGCCGUUGGACGCGCGGUCUCUUGAAGAGCCACGUUCGCUUCCCAACAUGCCCUUAGCGUCCAUUGGAAGGAUGUCGUCGCCAUCGCGACACAUUCCCUUCCACACAAACCGGUCUUCGCAACCCCCGUCGAGGAAUCCGUCGCCUCGGACUCACACAACAUUAUCCCCAACCCCCAAUGCCGAUCACAACCGGGUGGACGAUAAGAGGCACGCCUGCCCCUUCUGCCCCAGGCGCUUCAACCGGCCGAGCAGCCUGGCGAUCCAUCUGAACACCCACACAGGCGCUAAACCGUAUGCCUGCCCCGCAUGCGGCCGCCAGUUCAGCGUAAACUCGAACAUGCGUCGGCACUAUCGUAACCAUUUCUCCGACGGGCAACGCUCGGGCACGCUUCGGUCACCACGCCUCGAUGUCCACCAGCCGGUCGAUAGUCUGGACCGGAAUGUGGUGAACGCAAACGUGAACAUGACGCCCUACCGCUAUCCCCCGCUUGCUCCUCCGACCUUUUCGCGCUCGACCACACCGUCCGCCCAUUCAGAGACUCAGUAUAGCGACAGUGACCAGGACAGCCUCGUGUCGAGCCCCCCGAUGCAUGCCCUUCCGGCGGAGCGCAUGCUUCAAGGCUCGUUCGCCGCACGGAACGCCGAGUGGGGAGGUUCGCGUAGCCACCCAUACGUGGUUGACCGGAUGCAUAGGAGCAGCCGUUCUGCCUCGUUGCAUAACUCAUCGCUGUACACGGUGACAUCGUCAGUACGCCGUUAGCGCCUGCUGCGGGGGACAGUCGGUGAUCGUUGCUAGUCUUUCUUUGGUAGUUUCCAAUAACUUAUUGUUUUGCAUCACUAUGCUCUGCUGCUGCUGUCGAUCCAUCCCUCCGAGGCUUUUGUUUAUGUAUAUGUAUCAAUUAUGCUUUCGUUCCCUCCCACCGCUGCGUGACUCCGAAAUGAUCUCAAAUAACUAUCAUAGAC